AUGUCAGAGAGCGAGUCAGAGUAUGAGUAUAGUCCUGCAGUGUUCAAUGUGGAUUCAUCUGACAAUAAUCAGGCUACCGAUUAUGGGGAUGCCGAAUCAAAUGGCACUGAUCUAGAAAUAUUAGAUGAAGAGCAUUUGGUGGUGCCUGUUGAAGCUAUGGCAUGCAAGCUAUCAAUCAAGACUUCUACAUUGGGCCAUGGUGAUCAGGCAGCUGAAGGUUCCACAUCUGUCCCUACAGAGGGAAUAUUGAGCGUGGUUAUAGGCAACCAGCGAGUGCCGAUGGCUCAGCCGAAAGGUCGGGGUCUUUGGUGUGGAUUUCCUGGUGCCAAAUAUGCUAACAAAUUGGGAGUUGGCCAAGUUCCAGGCGAACUAUCACAUUCUAGCAUCAAUAGGGAUGCAGCUCCUUGGUUUGUUGGAAAUAGCAAGCAACCCAAACAGUGA